CACCCCUAUAAAUCCACCCCGCCCCACCGCGUCUACAGUUCCACACACGCGCAAGAGGCAAUCACUAAGAAAGGAAAGCCGAGGCGGCGAGCCCACCAGUACACCGCCACCUGCCUGCCCCCUUCGCUUUGCCAUUUUUGAUUAUUUGGGGUGUGUUCUAGGAUCGGGUUGGAUUCUGUUUUGGGAGCGGAGGGGAGGAGGAAGAGGGAUCGAUCAGGAUGGUGCGGGGGAAGACGGAGUUGAAGCGGAUAGAGAACGCGACGAGCCGGCAGGUGACCUUCUCCAAGCGCCGCAACGGGCUGCUCAAGAAGGCGUUCGAGCUCUCCGUGCUCUGCGACGCCGAGGUCGCGCUCAUCGUCUUCUCCCCGCGCGGCAAGCUCUACGAGUUCGCCAGCGCCCCCAGCCUCCAGAAAACAAUUGACCGUUACAAGACAUACACAAGGGAAAAUGUCAAUAACAAUACUGUACAACAAGAUAUACAGCAAGUCAAAGCAGAUGCCUUAAGCUUGGCAAAUAAACUUGAAGCCCUUGAAAACUCCAAACGUUGCAGAAAAUUUUUGGGUGAAAAUUUAGAAGAGUGUUCUGUUGAAGAAUUGCACAGCUUGGAGGUUAAACUGGAGAAGAGUCUCCACAUCAUCAGAGGAAAGAAGACCCAACUGCUGGAGCAGCAAAUAGCUAAGCUGAAGGAAAAGGAGAGGACCCUGAUCAAAGACAACAAAGAGUUACGCGAAAAGCAGCGCAACCUUCAGCCGCCACUGGUGGCUCCAGCCUUGAACAGCUGCCCGUGGACGCGGGAUCUGCCGGGCCCUAGCAGCAGAGACAUGGACGUGGAGACGGAGCUGUACAUAGGAUUACCCGGCAGGGAGCGCUCCUCCAACCGGGACUCAGGUUGAAGUCCAUCCAAUGCAGCCACCGGCAGCGUCAGCCAGUGGGUUUUCAGCUCAGCUGAUAGGAAUAAGCUCCGAUCUGCAUGCAUCAAGGGCUCUGCCAGUUCAGUGGUUUACUUGCAACUUAUACAAGUUGUGCUUGAAAAAUCGAAAUCUGUAGUUUGUCUUGCAAAGGUGGAUGGAAGAACAAACGGCUGGGUAGCUAGCUGCAAACCUGUAAGGCUUUCUGAUACAUGAAUCUAUACACCCAGUAUGUUCUCUUCU